AUGGCUCACGGCUCUCGUGCACGUUAUUCCGAACAGGAUUUGCGGGCUGGCCCAAUAUACUCCUUUUCCUUCUUCUCCAUCGUGAAUUUCCUUUCUCUUCACCUUCUCAAAUUGAGAUCCCCAAUUAAGGAAAUCAGCGGCGCCGAUUCCGCAGCCAAUACUCCUUCGGCCGGCGUCACAGGGUCGCCGGCGACUCGUGCCAGCACCCUCCAUCUCCGCCCAGCUCUCUCAGCGUCGAGCUCUUUCUCGCUGUCCAGCUCCACCACCGUUGGCUGUCCAUCACCGAUCGAAUCGCCGGUGAUUCUCAUCGGUCCUCUCUCUCCGUUUCUCAUUCACCACCGAGUUUUCUCUCUCCCUCGGCGACUCCGUAACCAUCCUCCGAUCUCUCUGCCGGAUCAGAGGCGGUCGAAUCCAGCGCUGCCUCAGCUGCCUCUUCCUCGUGACUGCAGGAACACCUCCGGCGACAUCACUGCCUUCGUCGAGCUGGCGUCCAGCGGCUGUCCUUGCCGUUAUCGCUGCUCCCUGCCGCUCGCCUCCUCCGUCGAGCCUCUCGUCGGCUGCGGGUCUCUGGUUGUUAAGAGGAGUUUCCCAGCGCCCCUCGCGAUGGCCUCUGUCGAGCUCUCCGGCGCUCCGCCGUCGCUCGACCAUCGCCGGACAGCUCCCCGUAUACUAAGUAGAGCAGCAGCGAGUGUCAAUGGAAGAUGCAUAGGCCGAGGAGUUGCUGGGGCCAGAGCUGAAUUGUGAGACGGUUGAACGCGGAAGGCCUUCGCCGAGGGAGACGAACAAGAAGGCGAGAAGGAGAACAAGGCCACCGGUUCGAUUUGGUGACUUCGUCUCCAGAUAAGGCGUGACUGUCUUUGUUUUAUUAUUUUAGUUAAAUUUAUGUUUUGCUUUAAUUAUUAUCGUUAUUAUUAUUUUUUUUGAACAAUUGGGUUGAGCAUUAUAAGCUCCGUUCCGGGUUUUCUUUGUUGGUUCUUUCCCGGGCCGUAAAGUCGAACCAACCCUAGGGUCCUUAGAAUAUAAAUAGGCGCUGAAUUCAUCAAUAAAGAUCAUCGAUAAUUCGCCUA